AUGAUGAAAGAAUGGAAGGAUAUUCCAGUUGAACUUUUGAUGCAGAUUUUAUCACUUUUAGAUGAUGAAACGGUUAUUAUAGCUACUCAUGUUUGUCAUGGCUGGAGGGAUUCUAUUUCUUUUGGUGUUACUCACUUAUCACUCUCAUGGUGUAGCAAGAACAUGAAUAACUUGGUUCUAUCUCUAACUCCUAAGUUCACAAAGUUGCAAACUCUAAUCCUUCGCCAAGACAUGCCUCAACUAGAGGACAAUGCUGUUGAGGCUGUUGCAAAAUUCUGCCGCGACUUGCAGGUUUUGGACCUUAGCAAAAGUUUCAAGCUUACGGAUCGUUCGCUGUAUGCUAUAGCUUUUGGUUGUUGUGAUCUUAGAAAACUCAACAUCAGUGGCUGUUCGGCUUUUAGUGACAAAGCUUUGGCUUAUCUAGCUAGUUUAUGCAGAAAGCUGAAAGUUUUGAAUCUAUGUGGUUGUGUUAAAGCUGUAUCAGAUAACGCGUUACAGGCAAUUGGACAUUACUGCAAUGAGUUACAGUCUUUGAACCUUGGUUGGUGUGAACAAAUCAGUGACGUUGGAGUGAUGAGUUUAGCAUAUGGAUGUCCUGAUCUUAGAACACUUGACUUAUGUGGUUGUGUCCUUAUAACAGAUGAUAGUGUAAUAGCAUUGGCGAAUAGGUGUCCUCAUUUGAGGUCACUUGGGCUGUACUACUGCAAAAACAUAACAGACAGAGCUAUGUAUUCAUUGGCACAAAGCAAAGUGAAUAACAAGAUGUGGGGUUCUGUGAAAGGUGAAUAUGAUGAGGAUGGUUUAAGGUCUUUGAACAUUAGUCAGUGUACAUCACUCACUCCUUCAGCUGUUCAGGCUGUUUGUGACUCAUUUCCAGCACUUCACACCUGCUCCGGAAGACAUUCACUCAUCAUUAGUGGCUGUUUGAAUCUCACAUCUGUGCAUUGUGCUUGUUGCGCUCGCCCUCACGGUGCUAUAAAUGCUUUCCCUCACUCAGCUCAUUGA